ACGCUCUAUUUUCCGUGGAACCAGAAGAAUCGCUUGGAAGUGAAGCCAACGACGUUUAAGAAGGGAGAGACCAAUCAGAAGACACUAAAACGCAUAGUUGCUGGAAAUAGAAGUAACAAUGGUUGUAAUGGCUCAUGUGAUGAGGAGUGCUUGAUCGCUUGAUAUUGCUCAGUUGUAAUUACUGAAUUCAGAUGAGGACAGGAUCCUUGUUUUUUCCCUUACCACUAGUACCCAGAUGCAGAAUACACAGCUUACUUAAUUAUUGGAAUGAAGAAUUACACGGUUUUAGUAAGAGCUAUAAAAACAAUUCUAGCAUCAAGUUACUUGGUUCUAGAAUUGAUCGGCUUGAGGGACAACUCUGUAAGAAGUGGUAUCAAAGACGACAUGUAGCUACAAAAGCAGAAGGAUGUAAACAAACCACUGGGAACACCAAAACAAAAAGCACCAAGCAUGAAAUUUUGAGAAAGAAAAUGUUAACAAGUGCUACAGUUAAGGUAAAUGAAACACAGCAAGAUCAAUUCCAGAAAAUUCAGUGCCCUGAAAUACAAGAGAUUGCUCAGUAUAAAAACUUGUCUGAUUUGGUCACUGUUAUUGUUUUUGAUCUUGAGACUACUGGGUAUAACAAAGUAAAUGAACGAAUCAUCGAGAUUGCACUUCGAGAUCUCCAGGGUGGUGAGAACAGCACUUUCCAAACUCUUGUAAAUCCUCAACGUUAUGUUCGUAAUUCACGUAUUCAUGGAAUAGCUACCAAUAUGGUCUGCAGACCUGAUGUUCCAAGGAUGGAGGACCUGAUUCCCAUCUUACUGCAGUACAUUCAAACCCGUCAGAAACAUGGGGGUUAUGUCUUGUGGGUUGCUCAUAAUGCUCGCCGUUUUGAUGCACCUUUCCUCAUUCAUGAGUUCAUUCGUUGUUCUGCUGAGGUUCCUCGUAAUUGGCUGUUUUUGGACACCCUUCCUUUGGCACGUCAACUGAUGAAGUCUGGUAGAACAAACCUAUCUUCAGCAUCCCUUGCUGCCCUUCGUGAACACUACAAUAUUAAAGUAAAUGGAUCAGCUCACAGGGCCAUGGUAGAUGUGAACACAUUGUCCGAGAUACUUCCCAUGUUGACCUCUGAUAGGAAGUUGACUUUAUCUAGCCUCAUCAAAAAUUCAUUCAGCAUAUCAGAUUUUAUGAACGCUAAGUAG